CCUUGUUAGGGAAUAUCAGUAGCAUGAGCUAUUGUGAAAAUAACCAACUAGUAUUAAAAACUAAAGCUAGCUUCCUUAAUUGGUGGAGGGAAUCUUUCAAAUCUGCCCUGUCUUUUAUAUGGAGAUAGAAUUCUCAAUGGAUAGUAGACAUUGCCUUUAAAUUCUGUAAGCUCUCUUGUUGUCAUGUACUAGGCUACUGAUACUCAACCAGGGUGCUGUGAAAUUCUAAGGGUGUUGCCAGGUUGUAUGCAAUAAUAUUAGGUGUGCUAACACUCCAACAAUUCAUAAAAUAAACCCAGAGAUUUCAAAUAGGAAUACACAGUUGUGGUCUUUUUGAGUUCUUUGCAAUUGAAAAAUUGCUCUAUUAUUUUUCUGUAGUAAAAAAACCAAGUGAAACAAGCUGACGUUUUCUCAGGGUUGCCUGCAGUCUAAGAAGAGUGAUUGAUUGUCCUAAGGAGAUGAAUUAAUAGGAAGCUUAUCAGAGUUAAGUAGAAAUGGAAGGAGAUUUUGACUAGUCAAGGAUACUUUCUGAACCCUAAGCUAAUGUAAACAAUCUGUCUUAUCCAAGCAUGUUGGAGUUCUCCAUAAUUUUGAAUUUUUUAUGUUCCCCUUUCCAAUCAGAAUUAAUUCAUCUUGACUCCUCAGCAGGGAUUUCUGUUAACCGAAUUAAUUCCUGUCUGCUCUGUCUGGGAUAAUACUCUCCUUUUGUUGAAAAUGAAUAGUCUGUACGUGGAGGCUUGUGUGUUGCCCAGAAAUACUACCAAUAUAUUGCAUUCUCUCUGUUUGCAGAGGGACUGAAUUUGGUACUCACUGGGCGUGUCCACAUGUGCGCCCGACUGCACAGUUGUAACUGCUGGUACUGCACAGUCCCAGUGCCACACGGAUCGUUUCUCACCCUACUGUGUGGUAGCUCAUUGCUGCUGUGCGGUAACAGCGGCAUCACAGUUUGUGUCUGCCAGUGCUACAUUGCCGUAGUUCAUCGCUAUGGUGAUGUAGUGUCUCAUGUAGACCUGCCCACUGGCUUCAUCUACAUGUGCUAUUAAGGCAAAGCAAGAAUCUCUGGCACUUAUUGCUUCUGGGUGCUGUGUUUACACGUGUGCCCAGGACUGCAGCAUGCUGAGCUGGGUCAGAGCAGCCCUGGCUGGUGGGAGGUCUGAGGUGUCAAUCUGCGAGCCUGGGACUGCUCUGACCUAUCUCAGUGUGCUGUGGAGAGGCUGACCAGGGCACAAGGGUGCUGUAGUGUAGGGCUAGCUCCUGAGUCCCAUAUAUUAGCCUCGCCACACUUAAAAAUGGCAGUGGGGGCGUUGAAUGUGCUUUAGUUCAAGUGCUGCUGCUGCCAUUUUUAAGCGUGGGGAAGCUGAUACAUGAGACAUGGUGGCGCUUUAAAGUGGCUUUCAGAGCUCCUCCCACGUCUGGAGCAUAUGUAAACGUGCCCUUAGAUUGUAAGGUCUAGAGAACUGUCCUCUCUUGCAAAUUUGUAUUGGAAUAAAUAAAAUUAUCCCUCAGAAUUGUGAUAGUGCCCUGGAAACUCAAGCAUAAAACAAAAAAUAACUUCUUUAUAAAACACAGUGCCAUAAAACCAGCACAUCAAGUACUUGUAGGAUACAAGUGAGGUUUAUUGGUAUGUUAGAAUACAAAAUGUGAUCUCUGUAUAAGGAUGAAAUUAAAGAGGAGCCCAAGGUGACCAAUUUUUAAAUACAGAAAUAGAACAGGGGAGCAUCUAAGGAAGGUUUAAAAAAAGAGUAGAAUUAUGUCUUAUUAUGCGAUUAAGAGGCAGGUGCUAAAGAGAGAAGAGUAAAAUAAGAAAGAGCUUUAUCUCUGUGGCUAUCACCUUUGCAAGAGCCUGUAGGUUUCAGACAAGUUAUCAGUAAUACAAAUGCAAGCAGCAUUCUAAUUAGGAAAAGAUCUAAGCCUCUCUCUCCAUAAUGGAAAGAAGGGGGAUAGAGAUCAACUUAAGAGCCCCAUUUACAAACCACUACCAGCAAACAGACCAUGAAAUGAAGAUGUGUGGUUCUCUCAUCCUAACUAAAUCCAAUAGUAAAAAAGAAGACACCAGAGAGAAUGCAGAAAUAUAAAUUCAGAGCAGCAUCCUACUUCUGUCAAAGAACCGUAUGUUGCCACCUUGCUAUUCUGGCCCACAUCUGUGCUGGAAUAGAUAUAAAAAUACACAUUACAAAAGAAUGGCAAGGGGGAAUCUAUGCUGUCCAUUAAUAAGCAAUAAUGCUACCUUAGGGACACACUGCAGUUAAGAGCAGCUGCAGCUGUGUAGAGGAAAGCACACUGAAGUAAAAGCACUUUCAAUGACAUAAGAAUGAUUAAGCCUUUCUCCUCUUACUAUGUUGGCAGCAAUGUGCGAACAUAAAUUUAUUUUAGCUAUACUUUUCCAAAGUACAAUAAAGUAAUGAACAAUUAUAAUCUAUAGUCCACAGUGAACCACUCUUUCAGGCAUUCUCCAUAAAGGAUUGUCAAGAAUGUAUAGAUUUCUGAGGGUUAGGAAAAUAUAAUAAACUGUUCUUUCUAGAUGAUGCAGAGGCCCCUGGCUUGUUUAAUCAGUGAUGUGUUUUCUGUAACUGCUAUACCUAAAAGCUACAUUUAUCUCUUGUAUCACCCUUGUAAGCAAUAGCCCAGCAAACAAAACGCAGAUUCAUCAGAACCCACAUAUGGGGAAGAGCACCGAGACUUUGUGAAAAGGGGUGCGUCUACAUAACCACAGAGCUGUGGAAACCAUCAGGGGAACAAAGUGUUAUCACACUAACAAAGCUUUCACAAUUGUUUCCAGUCAUCUCUUCUUCACUCUGACCUCAUGUUUUUCCAGUUUCAUCUGCUUCAGUAGAUCUGCCUGGAAAGGUUUUCACAUAAACAAAAGUUGUUUCAGGGAAAAAGCAAGUAGUAGUUGGGCUCUGGUACUCAUUUCCAUUAUAGCUGGUUUCCACCAUUUGUAACUAAUAAAAGGUAGGGGAGGAGGUAAAAGGAGGGGGUGUACUUUUGCAUGCCAAAGAUACCUUAAAACUAAUACCGCACACACUGAAAAGGAAGGAUAUGAAAGAAGAGAUAGGAGAGAUGAGCAGAAUACCUCUUUUCUAUGUUAUUGUUUCUGUUUGUGCAGUGCACCAUGUUAGGACUAUACUGUGGCUUUAUGACACUUCUCUCACCCCCCUUCAGGCUAUAAGUUCAUGUAGACAGGGCUAAAGACUAAGCAUUAGAAUGGCCCCUGUUCAAAUGAAUUUAUGGAGUUGGUUGCAUCUUCAGCUAUCCUGUUUCUGUUCCACAUGCCUCAAGCAGCAGCUUUCCUGACUUUACUCCUUAUCACCAGCAACGAACUGUUAUUGCCACCUCAUUCAUUUUAAUGGGCUUUUACAUAUUGGAAAUGGAGCUUGACAGAGACUCAUUAAUGUAACACAGUGAGUCUGGGGUAGUUUUAAAAUGAAAAACAACCUGUAUGGUUUGCACAGUGCUCUUUUGGAAAUGGGAUUAGAUACUAUUCUGGUAAUCAUAAUGGAUCAUGAGAACUAAUGUUUAUAGAGCUCUUUGAAUAUGCCAGAUACUAUGUGUACAGCAACUGUAUUAUUUAUAUGUUUUCCACCAAUUUUAUCUUAGUAUAUCCCAGUAGCCUUCCAGUAACUGUGGAAAAUACUGGACCUCCAUUAAGAGAUAUCAUAUUGUAACAGACUUUAAACGACUUGUCCAAGGUGAUGGAAAAGCAUCUAGAAGCCAGACAAGUCCCAAUUUGUUCCUGAAGUACUAUGAAGAGAAAUGUCCCCCUUCUUCAGUUUUUUGUUUUUUUUUUUGGGGGGGGUGGGGGGCUGUGUUUUGUUUUAUGUGUUUGCAGGGAGGAUGGGAAUGCAUGGGGAUGGGGACACUGUCAUUGCAGCCACAGUGUGGAUAAAGGAAAGAGGGGGCAUGCCUACAUUCACUGCAUGGAGCAGACUAAUUAGCUCCACAGUAAACGUCCUGGAUCUACACAUACGGCCCUAUUAAGCCACAGGAAACUAAUUACCUCUGCAGCGCAGUAAUACUUGUAAAUUACAAGCAGAGUAAUUUACAUCGCAGCACCACCUGUGUAGAUGCUGAUGCAGCUGGCUGGGGCACAAGGGUGCUUCAGUGUGGGGGCUGCCUGCAGUUGCCACGCUCCAGCAGAUUCGAUUAAUCAAGUCUGCUCCGAUGUGUUGGAAUUCUGAUGAGCUGGAUUAAGGCAAACAAGGGUGUACUGUCUGAUAUAACAAAGGUAACCCGUCUCCACGGCUUUGAUCCAGUGGUGCUUGUCUUGAUUGUUGGAGUAGUGAUGUUCACCCUGGGAUUUGCUGGCUGUGUAGGAGCACUGAGAGAGAACAUCUGUCUUCUGAAGUUUUUCUGUGGAACAAUUGUGUUCAUCUUUCUGUUGGAGCUGACUGUGGCAGUACUAGCUUUCUUGUUCCAGGACUGGGUGAGGGAGAAGUUCAAAGAAUUCUUUGAGAUCAACAUUAUAUCGUACAGGGAUGAUAUUGACCUUCAGAACCUCAUUGAUUCACUGCAGAAAAUUAACCAUUGCUGUGGUGCUCAGGGUCCAGAAGAUUGGGAUCUUAACAUAUACUUCAACUGCAGCAGUGAAAGCAAAAGUCGUGAGAAAUGUGGGGUUCCCUUUUCCUGCUGUGUACCUGAUCCUGCUCAAAAGGUUGUGAAUACACAGUGUGGAUAUGACAUCAGAAUGCAGAGUAAAAAUAAAUGGGAUAACUUAAUUUUCACCAAGGGUUGUAUCCCUGCUCUUGAAGCCUGGCUACCAAGAAACAUCUACAUUGUUGCAGGAGUCUUCAUAGCAAUCUCAUUGCUACAGAUUUUUGGGAUUUUCCUGGCCAGGACACUGAUUUCUGAUAUCGAAGCUGUGAAGGCAGGGAAUAAUUUCUGAAGAUAAAAGCAGGCACCCACUGUGAAGACAAGUAUAUUUCACUGCUAUUAAUUGGAAAUAAAGGUGAAAGAGACAGACACAUGCAGGCCUUGAAGUAGUCCUGGUUUAAAAGCCUUAUUUCUAUAUCAUCCGGCUCUUAUCCUGCUUCUGCUUUUCUGCCUCAAGUUGGUGCAGAAAGAGAUCACUCAGCACCAUAUCUGUAUUUCUUAUUUUCCAGCGGAAGACUCGAGCACUAAAAUUACAUCUUUUUUUAUUACUGAAGAGGCAAGAUUCCACUAAGAAUGAGACACAGACUUUAGCAAGCAGAAAUGGAAACUGUUGUAAACUCCUCUCAUGACCAACUUUGUUACUAUAGGGGCCAUUCUGUCUUGACUUCCUGUUAUCCCUAUAAGAGGUUAGAAAUGUUACGUUCACAACUUGAGCGAUAACUUCAUCUCUUGCAUUGUUUGCUAUAGUCCUAGAAGCAGGUGUCAUAAAGAUCUAUGAAGAUGAGACUGGUAAAAUAAGAAAAGAUGGUAUUGUCAAAAUAUUGCAACCUAUUCUGGAGGCAUCAAGCAUUUCAUUGAAUCCUAUUUGAAUAGAAGGUCAAUGCAGUUAUGUGGUAAGAUAAUUAGUAGUCAUGAUAGUCUUGUUAGAAAAUUUGAGAAAUCACUAAAUAGGUAAUAAAACAUUGACUGUGCUGAAGCAGGAAAUAUUUUAGAUGACCAGAGGUAAUACAGAUAUUUCAGUUGCAGGAACUUGUGCUUGAAACCAGGGACUGAAUAACAGAAGCCAUUUUGAAAUUGCUUAUCUACAUGUAUUCCUCAAGAACAGAAGAAAUUGUAAUUGUACAUCGAUAGCAUUAUAUGUUGGAAACCUUUUUUUUUUUUCAGGACUUGGAUGGGUUAGAGUCUCUGUUUCUCCUUCCUGGAAGCUUGUAAAUAUUUUUUAUUUAUGGGGGGCGGGGGGGACUUUCUGAAUUGCUUAUACCUUUUUAACUUUUAAAAGGGUGCUGUCUGCUGGGCUGAGGACAUUUCAAAAUGCUGUUAAUUCUCAGAGAUAGCUAGAGAUGCUAUAGUCCAGAUUUAGCCUCUGAUCUAAUAUCUCCCAGACCCAAUCUACUGCACAUUGUAAUUUUUAAAAUUCCUUGCUCCCAUUUUCUGUGACUCCUGAUUGCUAAUGGUAGAGCUAAAAAAACCCUUCAGGAACUCAAAACCCUUCGAUUCAUGGUAUUCCUGGCUAGUCAAGAGCUUAUGCAUUGCAUGCAAAUCUACUGGGACACUGGACUUGGUAGAAUUAGUGUCAUUUUUUUAAAACCUUUGAAUGCAUUUAUUUCUUCAGUGAAACACACUGCCUGAGCUACACAAAUGCUAAAUUCAGUCCCAGUGAUGUGGUGCUAAGAACCACAUCUUUAGACCUGAAGUCUGCCCCAAAGCAAACUUAACUCUUAAGACGGUGAUGCUCCUGCUUCUAUCCAGAGUCAGUUAACGCCUUAAUUUCUUGAAAAUACUGCAAAGCCCACUGAGCUCAAAUGGAAAGACUUCUGCUGCCAUUUUUAAAUGUUGGGAUGCUGAUCCCCUGGAUGAGCUGCACUCAGCUCUAAGGUCCCUGCCCUGGCCCCCGGGUCCCAUUUACCGCCCUGGCUGCGCAGCGCAUCUAGCCCCUGCCCCUACCCCACUCCCUCCCUCAUCUUCGGGGCCUCGAGCUGCCACAUCUCUUCCCCUCCACAGACUUACCUGUAGGGCGUUUCUUUCCAUGCUUCCCAGCUGCAUUCUUGUAAAUUGGUUAUUAGAUCAGUAUCGGCCGAUAUGCUGGGGGAAUGAUUGGCUAUCAGUCGGCCAAGAAAAUAUCGGUGCACCCCUAAACUUCAGAAAGCUUUGGCACAGGACUGCCACAGUGCUUGCUACAAUUGUUAUUCUGUUCUCUUAACAUGUUCUGUUCAACUUCUGAGUUUAAAAGAUGAAGUAUUUGGCUAAAACCCCCUUGAAAUAGUUGUAGUUGUCAGUUUUUACCACGGGCCAUUUACUAACAAAUUGUUUAUUGCUUGUAAAGAUGCCCUAUUUUUCAGGGAAAGCAGACUUAUUUACAGUGCCUAACCGUGUACAUUCUAGAAAAGUUUAUAUUUUUGUAAUUAUAUUUUGCUACUUAUAAUCUAAGCUGCCAGAAGGAUUUAAUCCUAUGUUUCUACGGUGUGUUGCUUUCUUAGAAUGCCAAGCUUUUGAAUAUCUCUGAAUGAAUAUCUUAAAAUGUUUCCAUUACCCAAGUAUUAAUGAGCAAAAUUUCACUACCAAACAGAGCUAACAGUAAGCAACUGUAUUCAACCUUUAUUUAUUGAAGCUAAAUGUGGCUGUUUUGACAUCCUGUGAAGCAUUUCAUGGACACGGUAUCCUAUAUUUUGUGUGUGGCUUUCAGUUGAGCUUUUGAAGAUUCUUUUUCUGGCCAAUAACUGAGACACAACAGGAAAAGGAAGCCUAUCUAACAGUGGCUAAUUUGCUCAUGACAAAAGAAUGCCAAAAAAUACAGUGUCUACUACUACUCUUUUCUAACACUUGAAGGUAAAAUCCCCAGGCAUACACUGAUUUUUACUUUGUCACAAGAAGAACAGCAGGAGGUAGGAAAAGAAAGCUGGAGAGAAGUCAAGGGAAGCAGUUCAACAGAGCUCUGAAACUGAAGCCUGUGCCACAUGCUUACUGUAUUUAAUGUAGUAGGAACAGCUUCAACCUUGCUGACAUCUGCAUUUAGCAAGCAGCAGUGUGGCAUCUGUAAUUAUUGCUUUCAGCUCUUGUACUGAGAACGCUGGUUUGCAAGUUCCAAAAUCUGAAACUUAAAAGCCACAUCAGCUAGUUUAUUGUUGUGACCUAUAGUAAUCUAUUGGGGGACCUAAAGUUUGAAAAAAGUGCUUCCUAUUCAUAAGAGAGUAGUGGUGUCUGGGAAAUCAGACAACUGGCAUAGUGAACUUGUGAAGACAAGUGAAAACAAUUUGUAAGGCAUUGACCUGAAAAGCUAAUAAUACCAGCUGGUGAAAAUCAAUGCAACUGCAAUGAAAUUACAUGAAUGAUAUCAGUUGAAGGUCUGCUUCAACGUAAGACAUGUUCAUGGUAUCUAUAUAUCUGUAGUUCUCCCCUGUAUGCUCAAUUUAAAGUUAGUGCCUGACCCCUCCUUUUUAUAUCCUCUAAGCAAAACAUAAUUUGUUUGCAGUAUAGCUUUUCAUGAUUAAUGUGUUCUGUUGCUUUUGCUACGGUUACCAUCAACUAAUUGCAACAGUCCUUCAGUUAUCUUGUAAAUACCUCAUUCCUCAAUAGUUCAUCUCCAUUUUGGGAUAUGGGGGGUUUGGGGUUUUUGUUUUUGUUUUUUUUUAAUCUUUUCACUUCUUUCUGAUUCUAGGGAUCCUUCUUAGGGACCCAUUGAACACAACUUCUAAUUUUUUUUCCCUCAAAAGCCAUUUUAAAGAGCAGUUGUUGUAAUCGUGGUUAAUAUAGGUAAGAAAAGGCAGACAUAAGUUGACAUGGAAGGACUUUUUCCUACUGUUUCUAUUUAAAGGUGUAUUAUUGCUUCCUUUAUGAACUUGCAGUGUCUUCACUGAUAACAAUUUGGCCUCUGAGUGUGACAGCUUGUGUUUCUGACUAAAUUAACAUCUAAUACUAUCUCUAAAGCUCCUAAUGAAGAGCAACUCAAAAAUUAAUUCCACCACCAAGCACUGGCAAAAUGAUUUUGUGAAGUUGGAAGUUCAGAUGUCAAUGGUAGUAUUCAGAUCAUCUCUACAACACUACAGUAGAAACGAAUUGGAGUGUUUUCAUA